AUGGGGGACGAGAUCUUCCCGGAUGAGGUGAUGGAGAUUCGCGCCCAGAUGACCAAGCGCUACAGAGAGCGAGUCAACAGUGAGAUCAACGAUGCCGGUGGCCUCAUGUACAUGGGCAAUGCUCGUCUCAUCCAGGGGGUGAUAACAAUUCUCUUCUUCGGUGUGCUUUAUGCGCUUAGCAACACCGACCAAACGACUCUCGUGAAGCUUCUGAUGCCACCGCAGAGCCGCUGGAGUGGCGAGGCAGCCUCCAUCAUCGGCCUCCUCUCCAAGGUGCUGGUGGAGGAACACCUCGCUUGCCGUCUCGCAGUUGUGCAGGCAGUGCUGGCUGUCAUGAUGCAGUGGCACAGGGCCACGACUCCGGCCUUUUUGGCGCCAGGGGCCCCCACCCUGGGCCGCCGCUUUGCCCUGGCAGCUGCCCUGGCACCCGUGCUUCAGCCCAGCGUCAGCCGGGCCCAGCUGACUUCGGUGCCCGAUUGGCAGGGUUCUUAUGAGGACCCCGACCAUCCGGGCUGCAAGCGGGAAGUGCGCGUUGAAGGCAUGAAGGUCACCAUCGACGCGGCGGAAGGGAAGCCGGGCUGCGGGAACGGCGAGAAGGAGCGGCCCUGGAGCGUCACAGGCAAGCUGAGCCUGGCGGCCUACAACGAGAUGAUUCUGGACUUCCGGACCCGCGGAGGUCCUGAACGCCUCAUAGCCACCUGGGAAAACAACGCCAUACGCUUUCCGGAGGGUCAGUUUGAGGGGAAGUGGACGAAGAAAGCCACGCUGCCAUAG